UGCAUUAAUAGUUUUCUGAUCCUAACGAAAAUGAGUUCUUGCCGAAUUAUUAGCUUUAGUUUGUUUCUGUUCGCGGUUUUCCAGGUUUCUCACCUCGCAGACGUGCAAAAUGAUGCGGUGGUGUUUUGCUACUAUGGAUCGUGGGCCACGUACCGCCCGGGCAUCGCACAGUUCAACGUCGAAAACAUUAACGCGUCGCUCUGCACGCACGUCGCCUACACGUUUAUGGGACUGAAAGAUGGCGUCAUCGUCUCUCUGGAUGAGUACAAUGACUUCGAAGAGAACUGGGGAAAAGGAUCGCUUAAAAAGUUGAGUGCUUUUGCAAAGAGCUCUGGCAUUAAAGCAGUCCUGGCCAUUGGCGGAUGGAAUGAAGGCUCAAUAACAUACUCCGAGGUGGCUGCGACGGAAAUCGGACGAAACAAGUUUUCGGACAGCGUCGUCGCCUUUGCGCAGAAAUUUAACUUUGACGGAGUGGACUUGGACUGGGAGUACCCGACCCAACGUGGUGGAUCUCCUCACGACAAGGAAAACUUCUCAUUGUUGCUUAAGACGCUGUCAGAAAAGUUACAUGCCGAAGGGCUGACGCUGACCGUCGCCGUGUGCGCUGAUCCCGUCAUGGCGGAGGAGAGCUACGAUUUCGAAGAAGUCGCACGGAACGUCGAUUACAUCUCCCUCAUGGCCUUCGACUACCACACGGCUUCAUCGGGCAAGGUGACAGGCCUGAACUCUGGUCUGCACGCACUUUCGUCGGAGACUGGUGACGACGCCAAACUGAACGCGGAGUACAGUGUGAAUCAGUGGCUCGAUGGGGGAGUUCCUCCAAGCAAGCUGCUCCUGGGCAUACCGCUGUAUGGUCGAACAUACAUCCUUGCAGACCCCGAACAACACGGGCUGGGUGCCCCUACCAUCGGUAAUGGCGUCAGUGGACCAUACACACAAGAGCCUGGAUUCCUCUCGUACUACGAGAUAUGCAAGGAAACAGAGUGGAAUAUCGUGAGGAACGAUCAAGAAGGAUACGUGUAUGCUCACUAUGACGACAACUGGGUCAGCUACGAUGACAUCUCUGCUGUCGCAGCAAAGGCUCAGUUUGUGAAAGACAAGCGUUUGGCUGGAAUAAUGACAUGGGCACUGGAAUCCGAAGACUUCCGUAACACCUGUGGUGAGGGCGCAAAUCCCCUUCUCACAACAGCCAAUAAGGUGCUAGGACGGCUGUAAUGUGACACUGACAUCAUCACCUUCUAGAACACUUCAUAUACUUUUUCUUAAUCAUGUUUGUAUAAAUCUUGACACACAAUGCUAUCUAUUUACUACUCAUGUCUGUAGCAACUCUCUACAAAUGAAUAAAGCACCUACAACGUUCAA